CCAAAAACACUACCUCUCUCUCUCAUUCUCUCACACCUUCAUAAAUACACUCCCUCAAACCCAUCACAACACUGUCAAAAACAGCCUCGCCCUUGCCCCACCAACCCAGGAGCGGAGUGCGGAGGUGCAAUGGCGUUGGAGAGCCCACUUCUGACGAGCACCAACCACAGCAAUGGGGUGGAGGGAGGCGGCAAGGAGGCGAAGAGUACGGUGAAGGAGUUCGGGACCGAGUCGAAGCGGCUUUGGAAGCUCGCGGGGCCGGCCAUCUUCACCGCCAUCUCCCAGUACUCCCUCGGCGCCCUCACCCAGACCUUCGCCGGCCUCGUCAGCGAGAUCGACCUCGCUGCCGUCUCCGUCGAGAACUCCGUCAUCGCCGGCCUCGCCUUCGGCGUCAUGUUGGGAAUGGGAAGUGCGUUGGAGACACUGUGUGGCCAAGCAUAUGGAGCGGGCCAGAUCAGGAUGUUGGGGGUGUACAUGCAGAGAUCAUGGGUCAUUUUGUUGACCACGGCCUGCCUUUUGGUUCCCAUCUACGUCUGGUCUCCUCCGAUUCUUGAGCUCAUUGGAGAGACCACUGAAAUCUCUGAAGCUGCUGGGAAAUUUGCUGUGUGGAUGCUUCCACAGUUGUUUGCAUAUGCACUGAAUUUUCCAAUCCAGAAAUUCUUACAAGCACAACGGAAGGUCAUGGUGAUGGCUUGGAUUUCAGCCAUAGUACUGGUGUUACACGCGGUAUUUAGCUGGCUGUUCAUACUUAAGCUUGGAUAUGGCUUGGUCGGAGCAGCAAUAACCCUGAACACGUCGUGGUGGCUCAUCAUUAUUGGCCAACUGCUGUACAUUUUCAUCACCAAAUCAGAUGGCGCUUGGGCUGGAUUCUCAUGGCUGGCAUUCGCCGACUUAUGGGGCUUUGUCAAGCUUUCUCUGGCCUCCGCUGUGAUGUUGUGCUUGGAGUUUUGGUACUUGAUGAUCCUGGUGGUGAUUACGGGACGUUUGCCAAAUCCCCUGAUCCCAGUCGAUGCCAUUUCUAUUUGCAUGAACAUUCAAGGAUGGGAUGCGAUGAUUGCGCUUGGAUUCAAUGCUGCCAUUAGUGUGAGAGUAUCAAAUGAGCUUGGAGCCGGCAAUGCCAAAGCAGCAAGAUUUGCUGUAUGGGUCGUUUCCAUCACCUCUGUGACCAUUGGCGUGGUGUGCAUGGCCGUGGUGUUUGCGACGAGAGAUGUUUUCCCUUACCUCUUCACGACAAGCGAUGCGGUUGCUGCUGAAACCACAAAACUGGCUAUCUUGCUUGGUAUCACUGUUCUUCUAAACAGUCUGCAGCCCGUCUUGUCUGGUGUCGCUGUUGGAGCGGGAUGGCAAUGGAUUGUCGCAUACAUCAACAUCGGAUGCUACUAUAUUGUUGGAUUGCCUGCUGGCAUACUCCUCGGUUUCACAUUUGGUUUCGGUGUCGUGGGUAUCUGGUCAGGUAUGAUAGGAGGAAUUUGUUUACAAACCAUAAUCCUCAUAGUUCUCACUUCGGUCACCAACUGGAACAGAGAGGCUGAAGAGGCGGAAACUCGCGUGAAGAAGUGGGGAGGAUCUGCCGUGGAGCAUUGAUCUUUCCGAACGCUGCAAAAUCAUAGUCGAGACAAUGGGUGGUAGUGCAUACGAAUAGCAGCAUAGCAAAAGCAUAUUUCUGGUCGAGUUCGAGUUGUCUUUGUGCCAAAAAGGCCAGCCAAGAAGAUGCCAUUGCCACGGAAUUCUUCUCCGAAUUGACUUUCACCAACUCAACCGUGAUUCAGCAUCUAACUCCAGAGUCCAAUUUGGGGGACAGAAAUAUGAUCUCCAGAGGGAAAGCGACGAUGUAGCCGAAUUAGCAUUUUGACAUAUCAGUUUGUAUUAAGGGUGGUUGCACACCGAGUUUUGUCAUUUAGACAGUGUUUCUCAAUUGGGUUUCAAGUUCAAGAUGGUGUAAUGAGUUGAUGCUUUAAAGUUUUGGACCGUUGGC